AUGAUCGGCAUUAAUUCUAUCGAGAAUAGCUUCAAGAGGAUAGCGGGAUGCUUUGCAUAUAAAAAUGACCUAAGUUUGGAAAGGGUUGAGAGAUCUGUGUGUAAGAUUAAAUUUCAUUUCGAGUGCGAUGCCCCAGAUGGAGUUUUAAGAAAACUCUGUUCAGGAGGUGUGGGUAUGGAUAUGGUAUCCAACGUCAUUAUCAGCGAAGAAAUCGCCUAUGGAUGCUCCGGAAUUGCUACGGCAAUGCUAGCGAAUGGUCUGGCCGAAACACCACUGAUUGCUUGCGGUAGCGAAGAGAUCCAAAAGAAAUUUCUCCCCAGAAUGGUCGAGGAGCCAUUGAUGGCCGCGUACUGUGUUACGGAAUCAAUCGCUGGUUCUGAUGUCGCUGGAACUAAGACAAGGUGUGAGAAGAAAGGUGACGAAUAUAUUAUAAAUGGAUCAAAAAUGUGGAUUACUAAUGCCGGACAUGCUAACUGGUAAGU